UUAACGUAUGCAUAUAUCCAUCUCGGUGUGGGUUCGAGUGGGGGGAGAGAAGAAGAUGACGGGCAAAACUUUCCACGCUCUGCGAGUGAGCUCCUUCGUUGCCUUCAACCGCACCCAUGCGUUCCUCUACGCCCUCGCCAUCCUCGCCCUCCUCCGCCACCGCCUCGCCUGCCUCAUCUCCUCCCCUUCCCUCCCCCUCUCCGCCCUCUUCCUCGCCGAUCUGGUCCUCGCUGUCAUGUGGGUCGCCUCCCAGGUCUUCCGGUGGCGCCCCGUGAGCCGCCAGGAGUUCCCCGACCGGCUUCUCCGGGAGGUCGGCUCCGACGGCUUGCCGGCUCUUGACGUGUUCAUCUGCACCGCUGACCCGCACAAGGAGCCGCCCAUCAGCGUCGUGGGCACCGCUCUCUCGGCGAUGUCCUUCGACUACCCCACCGACCGCCUCUCCAUCUAUGUGUCCGACGACGGCGGCUCCGCCGUCACUCUCUUCGCGUUCAUGGAGGCGGCCAGGUUUGCCAGGCACUGGCUGCCCUUCUGCAAGCAGAACGGCCUCCUCGAGAGGUCACCGGACGCUUACUUCAGAUCCAACAAGGGUGGAGACUCGGAGAAGAUGAAGAUGAUGUAUCUGACAAUGAAAGAGAAAGUAGAAACGGCACUGGAGAGAGGCUAUGUGAGCAAUGAUCUGCUCUCCUCCGGAGAAGAUGAUGAGCUUUUCGAAAGGUGGAAAGGAUUCACCCGCCAUGACCAUCCUUCUGUCAUCCAGGUUUUGCUUGAGGGGAGUAAGGAUUCAGACAUCACCGGGAACGCAUUGCCGAACCUCAUCUAUGUUUCCAGAGAGAAACGCCGAACCUCUCAUCAUCACUUCAAAGCAGGGGCUCUCAAUGCUCUGUUGCGUGUGUCGAGCACCAUGAGCCAUGCCCCGGUGAUCCUCACCUUGGACUGCGACACCUACUGCAGCGACCCCCGGUCUCCUCUCCGCGCGCUCUGCUACCUUCUUGACCCUGCCUUGUCCUCCAACCUUGCCUUCGUCCAGUUCCCGCAGCGCUUUUACGGGAUCAACAAGAACGACAUCUAUGGAGGCGAGAUAAAGCGGCUGUACACGAUCACCGCGAGGGGAAAAGACGGGAUCUUAGGACCCAGCUAUUUCGGCUCCGGCUGCUUCAUCUCGCGACGCUGUCUGCAGGGCAUCCCUUCAUCGCCAUCGCUGGCUCAAGAAGCCCGUGUUCCAUCGUCGUCGGAAUCUGUUCUGAGAAAAGCUCAUGAAGUGGCCGGUUGCACCUAUGAGCUCGGCACGAAAUGGGGCUCAGUGAUGGGCUUCCGCUACGGGUCGCUGGUUGAGGAUUACUACACGAGCUUUCGCCUCCACUGUGAAGGAUGGAGGAGUGUCUUCUGCAACCCCGUGAGGCCGGCAUUCCUCGGCGACGUGCCGAAGAGCCUGAACGAUGUGCUUGGGCAGUGCAAGAGAUGGUGCGUGGGGCUCUUGGAGGUCGGCUUCUCGAGGUACAGCCCCCUCACCUUCGGUACCACCAACGCCUCCUUGCUUGCCGGCUUAGGCUACGCAUAUGAUGCCUUUUGGGGCAUUUGGUGCAUUCCCGUCACGACGUACGGUCUUCUUCCACAACUGGCUCUCAUCUGUCAGACGCCCCUCUUUCCCAAGGUCUCCGACCCAUGGUUCUACUUGUACGUCUACCUCUUCACUGCAGCCUAUGGCCAAGACCUCGUCGAGUUCCUUGCGGACGAUGGGACCAUCGGGAGGUGGUGGAGUGACCAGCGGAUGUGGAUGAUCAAAGGCGUCACAGCUUAUCUCUUCGGUUCCAUCCAAUUCGCGCUGAAGAAGAUUGGGAUAUCAGCGGCCGAGUUCAACGUGACCAGCAAAGUGAUGGAGGACGAGCAGUGUGAGCGGUACGAGAGGGGAGCCUUCGACCUCGGAGUGCAGUCGCCGUUCUUCGUGGCACUGGGCACCGUGGCCGUCGUGAACCUGAGCUCCUUGGUCGUAGGGAUCGCGAGAGCUGCGACGACGGAGGGGUUCCUCCAUGAACAGUUUGCGCAGCUGUUCUUGUCGGGAUUCGUCGCCGCCAACUGCUGGCCGAUCUACGGGGCCAUGUUUCUGAGAAGCGAUGGAGGGAGGAUGCCGAGGACUAUCACUGUUAUCUCAUUGACAGUCGCAGGUCUCCUCCUCAUGGGAUUUCUCGUCUUCGACGUCUGAGAGUACCCGUGCAACUUGGCAGAAGACCAUUAACGCAGCUGUGGUGUUUGGUCAUAUGGAAAAAGCUUGGAUAUCUGUGUCAACGUCAAUAGUCAAUAUUGAAUCAUCAUGCGAACAUUUUAGAUAUAUACUGCGUAAAUAUUAUAAAAAGUAUUUGCCUAUA